AAUAAUUUCACAACCAUAUCAAUAACCGCCGCCGUCAACCAUUACCGCCGUCAAGUUUGGCAUCAAAAGCAAGAACUUAUACCUGAAGGCGAGAAGAAACCUUUAGACAGGCAAAUCUUGCAACCUGGAAUGAAAGUCUCCUCUUGCAGCGUAAAUUGA